AUGUUCAAUAUUAUUAAAGGCAAAAAAAAAGAUAAAGAAAAGGUCGAUAAAAAAGAAGUUGUAAUUUUAGAAACCAAGAAUAGUUCACAGAAUUUAUUGGCUGAACCACAAUUAUCCAAUGAAGAUUUAAAGCACCAAUUCUCUCAAUUACUUUAUGAAUUGGGUGUACCAGAAUCAAAAAGGGCUGAAAUGGAGUCUUGGAGUAACGAUAAAAAGUGGAUGUUACUUGUUCAAAAUAAAGAUAAAAUUAAAGAAAAUGAAGAAAAGAUGAAACAAAAAGGAAGUCUUUAUGAAACACCACAAUUUUACCUUUCUCUUUUGCGUGAAAAUGCAACCACUCAAAAAUUAAUAUCAGAUCUUCGUGUUUCAUUAGCAAGUAAUGCAAUCUCAUGGAUUAACAACUUUUUAACUAUUGGUGGUUUUGAUGAAGUCUUAAAAAUAUUCCAAACUUUUCAAUUAAAACAAGAUAAAAGCUCAAAUGAUUAUUUAAUUUUAUCAGAUUGUAUAAAUUGUAUUAAAUCAAUUUUAAAUAGUCAAGUUGGUAUUAAAUCAGUAAUGACAACAUCACAUACAUUCAAAGUUUUGGUAUUAUGUUUAGACACUUCAUAUCCAGCAGAGGUUAGAAAUUUAGUAUUACAAUUAACUGCAGCACUUACAUUGGUUCCAGGAGUUGGUCAUGCUUAUGUUUUAGAGGCAAUUGAAAACUUUAGAGUUGCAACUAGAGAAAAGGCACGUUUCCAAACUAUUGUUGAUGGUGCACGUUCAACUAUCAACACUACCAUUCAUUAUGAAUAUUUCACAAGUUUUAUGACUUUUGUAAACUCUAUUGUUAACUCUCCAGAUAAUUUACAAACCCGUAUUGCUCUUCGUUCUGAAUUUACCAGUCUUCAAUUACUAGAGUUAAUUAAUGAUUGCAAAGGUGUUCUUGAAGAUUUAGAUACCCAAAUAAAUUUAUUCUUUGAAUGUUUAGAAGAAGAUAGCGAAGAAGUGGGCUCACAAUACAAAGAUGUCAACAUUAGAUCACCAACCGAAGUUAGCACUAAAAUUGAUUCUCUUCUUAAAAACCAUCCAGCUCUUCACCAUCAUUUCAUUUCAAUCUUAAAGGGUCUCUAUACUUUAGCAAGUACACAAUCAGAUUUAGGUGGCGUGGCCAUGUGGAAUAAAUUGGAACAAAGUGUUGGUAUUAUUCUUAAAGAUCCUUCAAGAGAAUCACAACUUGAAGAGUUACAAUCUGAAAACUCUCGUUUGAAAUCCCAAAUUUCAGAAUUAGAAACUUUAUCAAAAUUAAAUAAAAUUACAUUAUCAGACAACAGCGGUGCACACACUCCACCACCACAAUCAGCAUCAAAUACCUCUUCACCAAUUUUAGUUUCACAACAAAACGAUGUUAAAAUUCAAGAAUUGGAACAAAAAUUACAAACUACUCAAUCUGAAAAAAAUGAAACCCAAAAUAAAUGCAAACAAUUAGAAACUGAAAUAAAAGGUUUAAAUUCAACUCUUACAGGUUUACAAUUAAAGGUAACAAAAUUGGAAAGUGAAUUAUUAUCAGCUCAAAAUCAAUCUAAUAAUAAUAACAAUAAUAAUAGUGGUGAGUCACAAUCCUCAAGUAGUGACACAGUUGUUGCUCCACCACCACCAGCUCCAGCCCCACCACCACCACCACCAGGAGGUGCCCCUCCACCACCACCUCCACCUCCACCACCAGGAGGUGCUCCACCACCACCACCUCCACCACCAGGAGGAGCAGGAGGUCCCCCACCACCACCCCCACCACCUGGAGGAGCAGCUAAAAAACCUGCUGGUCCAAAUUUACCAGCAAAGAAGACUACAGUGCCAUCAGUCAAAAUGGUUGGUUUACAAUGGAAAAAAGUUAAUAAUAAUGUAAUUGAAAAUUCAAUGUGGAUGAAUGUUAAAGACUAUAAUUUGAAUGAUCAAUUUAAAUCACUUGAGGAUCUCUUCCAAGCAAAGAAACCUGCACCAGCCACACCAGCACCAGCUGCAUCUGGACCAGGUAUUGGUGCACCAAUUAAAGCAAAUCAAACUAUCAGUAUUUUGGAUCCAAAGCGUUCUCAAGCCAUUUCAAUUAUGUUAAGCAGAUUCAAAAUGUCAUUUGCUGAUCUAGGUAAAGCCAUUACCAAUUUAGAUGAAUCAAAAUUAAACCUUGAGGAUGCUAAAUCACUCUUAAAAUUUGUACCAACACCAGAAGAAAUUGAAUUAAUUAAAGAAGAAGACCCACACUCACUCGGUAAACCAGAACAAUUCCUUUUAGAGUUAAGCAAGAUCAAUAGAGUUUCAGAAAAAUUAGAAUGCUUUAUCUUUAAACAAAAAUUAGCCUCACAAAUUGAAGAGCUUACACCAGAUAUCAAUGCUUUACUUAAAGGUUCAAUGGAAACUAAAAACAAUAAGAGCUUCCACCAAUUAUUAGAAAUUAUUUUAAGUUUAGGUAACUUUAUCAAUGGUGGUACACCAAGAGGUGAUGUAUAUGGUUUCAAAUUAGACUCACUCUGUAAUUUAGUCGAUGUACGUUCUCCAGGUGAUUCAAAGAUCACUUUAAUGACCUGGUUAAUUCAAUUCCUCGAAAAUAAACACCCAACUCUUUUAUCAUUCCACGAACAAUUCACUGCUGUUGAUGAAGCUAAAAGAGUAUCCAUUCAAAACUUGAAAUCAGAAGUCGCUUCACUCAAGAAAGGUUUGAUCCAAUUAACAAAUGAAGUCGAAAAAUCUGAUGGCCCAUCCAAAACUAUUCUUUCUGGUUUCGUCGGUAAAUCAACAGAAUCUGUAAAUUUAAUUGAAAAACAAUUUAACACCGCUCUUGAAUCAUUUAAUUCAACUGUUACAUUCUAUGGUGAAGAUGUUAAAACUGCAUCCCCAGAAGAGUUCUUUAAUCACAUCAGUAAAUUCAAAAAUGAAUUCAAACGUACCAUCGAUAAUAUUCAAAGAGAAAAAGAAAAUGCACAAAAAUUAGCUGCAAGAAAGAAAUCACAAGCUCCAUCAACUGGUGCCACACCAACCUCUACUGGUGCUAAACCUCCUGUUCCAAUCGCUGCAGGUAAACCACAAAUUAUUUUACCAAACUCAAGACCAUCAAGCGUUGUUUCAAAUGCUCCACAAUCACAUCAUGAUGACGAUGACGAUGAACCACAUGGUCAAUUCAUGGAUCAACUUAUGAACCAUAUGAAAGGUGGUCAAGCUAUUAGACUUUCACGUAGAGCUUCACAAUUUAUUAGCUCACAGCCAUUACAAGGUAAUGCCAAUGCUCACCUUGAUGCAUUAAAUGUAGCUUUAAAAAAUAAAAAAUAA